AAAACCACUGAUAAAACCUUAUUUUUUUUUCUUUGCUCUUUUUGGUUUUGCUUCGAUGCUCUCUUUCGCGAAACGGUUUCAGCUUCGGCCACUGACGACGCCGUUUCUCCUUGGACAGCUCCGGUACGCCCGAACGCGGCCAAAGUCGCCACCGGUGGCACUGAGGAAGACGGAGGAGCGGUCGAAGUGGUGGGCGUUGGACGGCGAAAUGCACGAGAUCGGCGAUCACGUGCCGCUACGUGAGCGCUUCGUGAUUCCCCGAGAAAACAUCCCCAACAAGCGCCGCAAGCAGCUCAGAGAACAAUUCAUGCGCCGAACACGCCUCGUUCUUAAGGAAUCCGAGCAUGAUCCUUGGUGUAAAAGGUACAUGGAACUGUAUAAUGAACUUAGAGAAAACUGGGAGAGGCUUUAUUGGGAUGAGGGUUACUCCAAAAAGCUUGCUCAGGAUCAUGCGAACUAUGAGUCUGCUGAAGAUGAUGAUAGGGAUUUCUCCCCAUACAGGAUGACCGGUACUGUGACAACAGUUUCGGUGACAACGACCGGAACUGUUGCUACAGUGGCAGAAGUUUUGGCUAUAAAAGGGUAUCUCCUCAGCGUCGAGCAACAUUUCUGA